CUGCUAUCGAGUUGUCAAAAUUUUCUGAUGUUGUACGUAGUCUAUGGUCAAUGUCGUAGAUACACAUCACGAUAUUAGAGAAAAGUUCGAAAUUUUUAAUUUUAUGCAGUCAAAAAUAGCACAGGAAGCAAUAUAGAAGUUUGUUUUACUACACAAACAACUAUGGCUUUAACAGUGGACAAAUUGAUGAACGACGAAAGAUUUAGUGGUGACAGUGUCCUACAUUUCCUCCUGUAUCUACCGUUUGGUAUAUUACUAUUGUCAUUCAGAGUAUUUUUGGCACUGGUAUUAUGGAUUGCGUCAAUAAUAUUGCCAAACAAAUCUGCAGUCAGGCAAAUGCUGUCAACACUUGCAUGCUGGACAUUUGGUGUUUAUGUGAAACUAAAGGGUACCCGUGACCCCCGCUGUAGUGUUCUGGUGGCCAAUUACGUGUCUUGUCUAGAUUCCCUAGCUGCCUCCCAUGUGCUUGGUACAAUCAGUCUCAGGAAAUGGAAAGUACCGCCAUUUUUUGCAUCUACUCUGGGCAUAAAGAAUGCAUCACAAUUUGUGAGGAAACAACAUUUUGCCGAGAGUCCUAGUAAACCGGUGCUGCUACAACCUGAGGGAGGACCCACCAAUGGCAAAGGUCUGCUCAAGUUCUCAGAAUGGCCCUUCCCUGUCGGCAAUAAGGUCCAACCUGUCGCUAUCAGCGUGGAGCGUAUGUUCACGAACGUGACGGUGCACGGGGCGGAGGGGGCGGCGGGCGCGGCGGCGGCGGGGGGCGUGUUCCCCUGGUGGGACGCGCUCUGGUUCCUCUGGUCGCCGCUCACGGUUUACACGCUGCGCCUACUGCCGUCGCUGGCGCCCCACGACGAAGCCGACCUCGCCGCCAGCGCCUCUGACGCUAUUGCUGAAGCUUUACAGAUUGAAAAGACAGAGUUUAAAUGGGAGGAUUUAUGUCGCGGACGUCGCCGCGUUGUCCGCCGGCGAGAGGUCCCUCCCGAUGUGACCCGUCUGGCCAGACAGGUCAAGGAAGUACUGCCCCGCGUGCCCAUAAAUGACAUACUCCGGGAUCUCGCGUUAACACGUAGCGUAGACGUUACAAUAACGAACUUCCUGGAAGGUGUGACACCUUACACGCCAGAGCCUGAGCCGGCAGCGGAGCCCCAGGCCUCCACGUCACAAGCACAGCCUCGUUACGUCAUCCCCGUACCCACAGGCGUCUUCCCAAAGAGUGCGAAAGAGAGACAGCUCAGCUUCCAAGAACGAAAAGCUCAAAUGAUAGCUGAAGCAAGGAAAAGAUAUAUUGAGAAGAACGGGCUCAAUGUCGCUUUGAAUAAUUGUUGAAUGUUAUUGUAAGUAGUUUGGUUGUUUAUUGAGAAUAUUUCCUAAUACGAGUGUAGAUUCGUGAUAUUAUGAAGGUGAAAUUUAGAGGCAAUUUUAUAGGUACUUUGUUAUCCAGUUAUACCAAAAUGCCGCUAGGUUAUAAUACUGCAACG